AAACCGGCUUUGAAAAAGCAAACUGGCAUCUAAGAUCCUAGCUGGUUUUCUCUCUUGAUCAGUAUAUAUAGAAGCAAGUACAGUGAUGUCCGUCCAUAGCAAAGGAAAGACGCCGAACAGCAGCAUGUGCGUGGCGGCGUUUCUCGUGGUGGUCAUGGCGGCCGCAGCAACGGCUGACAGUGAGGAAGUGCAGGACGUCGUCUUCAGCACUCCGACCCGAGGUCUCGUGGACAGCCUCAUUGGCGGGGGCAUUGUGGAAGGCCAUAUAGGAAUUAGCACGGGUCAUGGCAGUCAUGGUCAUUAUCCAGGAGGCCACUAUCCAGAGGGUCACUAUCCAGGAGGCCACUAUCCAGGAGGUCACUAUCCAGGUGGUCACUACCCAGGAGGCCACUACCCCGGAGGUCAUCCUCCAGGAGGUCAUUAUCCUGGUCAGGGAGGCCAUUAUCCAGGAGGCAAUUAUCCCGGUCAGGGAGGCCAUUAUCCAGGAGGCCAUUAUCCCGGUCAGGGAGGCCAUUAUCCAGGGGGCCAUUAUCCCGGUCAGGGAGGCCAUUAUCCAGGGGGCCAUUAUCCUGGUCAGGGGGGCCAUUACCCCGGUCAGGGAGGCCACUACCCCGGCCAAGGAGUGUGCAACGUGUGGUGCCGUGGGCCCAACAACAAAAGGUAUUGCUGCGGCCGAGACGCCACUCAGGGUCAAGUCGUUAGACCGGGAUCCUGUCCCGUUGUGCGAGACAGUUGUCCUCCGAUCCACUUCGGAGUCAGUCGGCCCAGCUCCUGCGCCCACGACGGACAGUGCCUGUCGGGUACUGACAAGUGCUGCUACGACGUGUGUCUUGGGUAUCAAGUGUGCAAGCUUGCUUUAUCAAGCCUUGGUCGCUAGAAACUAUUUUUGUUCUGAACGACACUGGGCCACUGGCAACAGUAUCAUUAUUUAUUUAUGCCGGUAUCUUUAUGGUCACGUGCCUUCACUUCUACAGCCAGGCACGUCGCCGUUAGAUACUGUUAUAAUUUAUUGACAAAGAAAUGUUCAAAAUCUA